AUGGUGAAUUGGCAAUUCCCUACUGUUUAUAAUUCAGGUACAGCUUCUACUCUCAGAUACAAAGAGAUAAAUGUGAGGACAACAGAAUGGCUGGAGAUAAAAAGAGAAAUGUUCACCCAAGGUGACCUAGAACAGUAUCUACGAUUAACAACUAGAGGCUCAGUGCACGAAAUUUGUGCAUUGGGGGGGGGGUGUUCCUCAGCCUGGCAAUCUGGGACCUUUGGGGGAUGUCUGACUGCCCGUAGUCGGACAUCCUUAACACAAUCAAGACUGCUGGCUCCUAAUCACUUGCCUGUCUUCCUGAUUGCUUCUAAUCACCUCUGCCUGCCUCCCUGA